AUGGCGGGUAUGCACUUUUUGGUGGGAAUCUCGACGGAGAACUACGUGAUUCUCGCGGCCGACAAGGCGACAUUCGCGUAUGGCGCGAUUCUCGCCGAUAGCAACAAUGACAAGGAGUAUCGACUCGGAAAAAAGUUGACGAUGAUGUGCAUCGGCGAGGAAGGCGAUGUCGCCCAGUUUGGCGAUUGGACGAAACGAAAUUUGCAGUUGUAUGCGGUGCGCAAUGGCUAUGAGGUGAGUCCGGCGAGCGCUCACCACUUUGUUCGUCGCAGCAUCGCCGAGGCUUUGCGAACAUCGGACCAUUAUACCGUCGACGUUCUCAUUGGUGGAUAUGAUGAUAAGGAGGAGAAAGCGUUCUUGGGCUCCGUUGAUUAUUUGGCGAACGGAAUCGGCAAUCAGCCGUAUCUUUUCCGAGGCUUCUGCGGACGCUUCUGCUACGCCAUCAUGGAUCGAGAAUACAAGAAAGACAUGAGUGAAGAGGAAGGAUUGACUUUGAUGAAUAAGUGUAUUGCUGAGGCGAAGAGACGAUUUGUUGCCAAUAUUCCUGGAUAUAAGGUGGUUAUUAUUGACAAGAAGGGCUACAGAAAUCUCCCGGACGUCACUUUCUGA